UAAAAUGUUUAAAUGUGAAGUUUGCGAUUCAAAUUAUAAUUCUAAAUCCGGUUUAAAUAAGCACCAUAGGAUUAAACAUAUAAAUAUACCUAAAAAAAAACCUGUUAAAAAGAACAUAUAUUUUUGUAAUAGCUGUGAAGAUUCAUUUGAUUUAAAGGCAAAUUUAAUUAAACAUGUCAGAACUCAUUUAAAUGAUCAGCGAUUAAAUAUGAUAUGUUCAUUUGAAAAUUGUACCAAAUCAUUUUUUACCAUGACUGGAUUAAUUGAACAUUUGAAAUCACAUAAUAUUAAUGUUGAGUCAAAUUUGUUAAAUUUUAAUACUAUAGAAGUGUUUUAUAGGAAAUUUUUUUUUGAUGAAUUUCUCUGUGAUUUGGCUGAAGGUAUUAGUUUUAAUAUUAUUGAAGAUUUAAAUGUAAGUUGAGUACAUAAUUUUUCAUACACAGAGUUCUCAAUUACCACUGGUAAAUAUCGUUCAUGUAAUAUGUUUGUUCUGUAUUAAUAUUAUUUAUUUGUUAUAGGAGAUUUAUUUU